AAAAUAAAAAAUACUGAGCUGAAUCUGAAAGUAUUAUUUUCAGAAAAUUAAAGUGUAAUUUGUAUGGUAUAUUUCUACUUACAUUACUUACACGUCAUAAACAACGAAUUCCUUCAGAAAUACCAGCUCGGAUUCCAAAUUCACAUAGAAUUUGAGAUUUAGAGAAAUAUAAUUAGUAAAUAAUAUGUCUGCAAAAUAUAAUUUAACCAGUGCUAAUUAGAUUUUCGAUUUCCAUUUACAAUAUCAACUAGUUAAAACAAAGCUAUCAUUUAUAGAUAAUUGUAAUCACUUAUCCAUAUGGAGUCAAAACUAAAAGAGUAUCGUGCCAUUCGGAGAAGAAAAGAAUUAAUUGAUAGCGCAAAAGAAAAACUAGAAAAUUCCAAAAGAAAGAUCGUAAACUUUCUCAUUCCUGAAACAUUUAGAAAUAUGGAUAAAAAUGACCAACGAAACGAGGAAGAGGUUUUAUUAUUAGAAAAUGAACACCAAGAACCCGUUUCACAAAGCCUUAUAAUGGAGGAGUCGGUGGAUGCAUCAGAACUAAGUGAAAAUGGAUCAAUUAUAGAUGAAAAACAGGAAUCAUGGAAAUAUUUUACAGUAAAAUGGUCUAUUUAUGGGUUAAUCUGGGUCACCCUGUACAUAUUCUUUCUAACACUGCAAUUUGGUGCAGUAUUCUUUGUUAUAUCUAUUUUAAUUGGUAUAUGUCUCAAUACUAGGACGAGGCCUAAAAAGAAAGGUGAAGUUUCAGCUUACAGUGUGUUCAACGAGAACUGUGUAAGUAUAGAUGGUACUUUGAAAGCAGAACAGUUUGAAAAGGAAAUAAUGUAUGGGGCUGGUGGAAUGAGAGGAUUUUAAUUAAAAGACAA